CUUAUACCAUCGAUGGCAGAGGUAUACAGCGAAUGACACGGCUUGCUGGAAGCUUUGGACGUCGAAUCCAAGCUCUUGGGCUUGGAUUCGACAACUUGAACCGCAAGUUGGCGUGCCCACAGUGCUAGAGCUGUCGAAAAAUCGUUGAAAAAUCGGUGGACAGAUCGACUGCACCUGACAGCAGUCAGCAGAUUGUAGAAUUCCCUCAUUUCUUUUUACUGGACCUGGAUGGGCAGCAACUCGGAGGUGGUAGUGAGAGACACGGAUUCUGAAGGUGCUCUGGCUACUUCGAGUUCGAGCAUUUACGAAGGCCAGAAGGAAACUGGAAUCAGCAGUUUGCCACAAGAUGUGAUGUCCAACAUUCUGAGUCGCUUGGGGGUCGUGGAUCUCAUCCGAAGCCGACUCGUGUCGAGGAGUUGGACGGCCAUAUCGGGGUCGCCUUUUCCUUUACCUCCGAGCUCGGCUUCUUUCCUCCGGAAGUAUUGGGUGAAGAAUAAGCCCGACGAGAGAUGGUUGGUGCUCUGGCACGAGAGAAUUUUGCAUCAGCAUGUGCUGUACGACGUUCAGCGCAACCAGUGCUACAACUGGACGCCGCACCGCGAGCUGAAGCGGCUGAUGGCUCCUGCAAAUGUAGGCCUCGCUCUCUGUAACACGAGUGCUAAUGGCCUCUUCUUUCUGCGCCAGCAGGAGGACUUCUAUUCACUCAAAGCUGCUAAAACCACGCAACCUGCUCUGAUCGCAAUCUGGGCCUACAAUCCUCUCACAGGAUAUCAAAUCCAGCUUCCACCCGUUCCAUGCCGCUUCCCUGACCUGAUCGUUGCCAAAACAGAUCAUGCAGCUACGACAGAUUCAGUGUCCCACCACAAGGUUUUAGUAGCGCGCAGGAAUAGGCCGAUCGGUUAUAGUGCCAGUACAGAAUUUGACAUAUUUCUCUACUCGUCCGUCGACGGAAGAUGGCAAUGCCAUGAAAAGUUGAAGACCAUCUCCGAGAUGACUCUGCACGAGGUGAAAAGCUUCCACGAUCACGAGCUGAUUUGCGUGAUAGAGAGACGCGAUCACAAGCACGGCUGGUCCUCCCCGCAGGCAGGAGAGUAUUCGGGGGAGGCCCUGAGCUGGUUCAGUGUCGAGAACUACACUUGGUACUCCUGCUUGCUGUACCCACCGGAGCUCGUAUGUGGGCUUAAGCCCAUGGUCCAGUACUUUGAAAUAUUCGAAAGAAAUAAGGAGUGGAUUCUAGUGGCAGUUUCCUCGCCCUUGUCUGCCGGCGAAUCCUUCGUCCGGGAAUUGCGUGUUUUCAAGAGCUCGUCGACGAUGGAACCUGAGAUGGAGAUAGAGUGGACAUUGCUAAGCUCGUGGACGAUGGAUGACGUGAGAGUGAGUGCCGCAGCUGGGGAAAGCUCCACAUCCAGAAGGUCUGGACAAGUUGAUGUCAGUCCUUCGCAGUCUUCGCAUUCGACGAUGAUGCUGCAGAUUUUCCCGGUGGCAGACAAAGUCCAGGGCGACAAACUGAUCGUCAUGGCCACGACACUCGAUUCCAAGUCCUUCUCUGUCGUUUCUUACAAUUUCAAUGACCCACCUGAGAGCGCAUGGAAAACGCUCAUCCCUGCAGCAAACUUCCAUCAUCCGCAGAGUGGACGGCGCAGCAUCCGACUGCUACAAGAGAGAAUCGGAAACUGGAACCGCUCGAGUCGUUUUCAAUCCAUGGAUAGAAGCAUGAACUCGUACAACAGUGGAUCUUUUCUGGGCUUUACGUUCGAGCCUCUUCUGGUCGAUCUGCAAUGAUGUUGAUGUUAGCUCGCUCCGUCAAUUGGCCUCAUCGUUGCGAUCGGUAGAACGCGAAGAUCAUCUGCUUCGUAGUUUCUUCUACUCGUUUAGCGCUGCCUUUGUGUCGGACUUGCUGAAAUUUGCCCGAAAUCGGAAUAGAGAGGAACCAACCGCCAUCAUGAACGACCACUCUCCCAUGCAUGCAUGUUCCACGUCAACAUAUGAUGUGAAGUGGAACUAGCCUUUCAGGAUAUAUAUAUAUAUAUAUAUAUGUUGAUAAAUUUUUUUUAUAUACAAAACAUUAU